GCCGCCGCCGCCGCCGCUGGAUCCCCGGCCGGGCGAUGUCGAACGUGGCCACGAAGGUGUCGUGGUCCGGGCGGGAGCGGGAGGAGGCCGAGGGCGAGACCACGCCGCUGCUCAACGGGACGGGCGCCGCCGCCGCCUCCGCCUCCAAGCCCCGGCAGCUCACUCCGUCUUCGUCUGCCUCUCGCCUUGGACAUUUGAGCGAUGUCUACCUUGAUGAAGACUCCGAACUGGAAAUGGAUGCCCCCUGCUCCCUCCCCCACGAGAUCCCUCACAGUGAGAAGCUCCUGUCCCUCAAGUACGAGAGCUUGGACUACGACAAUUGUGAGAACCAGCUCUUCCUGGAAGAGGAGAGGAGGAACCACACGGCCUUCCGGACGGUGGAGAUCCGGCGCUGGGUCAUCUGCGCUCUGAUUGGGAUUUUUACCGGCCUCGUCGCCUGCUUCAUCGACAUCCUAGUGGAACGCCUGGCGGGGCUGAAGUACAAAGUGGUGAAGGGAAAUAUCGACAAGUUCACGGAGACCGGAGGCCUGUCUUUCUCGUUGCUUCUCUGGGCCGCCCUCAACGCUGCCGUCGUGAUGGUGGGCUCCACGAUCGUGGCCUUCGUGGAGCCGGUGGCUGCUGGCAGUGGCAUCCCCCAGAUCAAGUGCUAUCUCAACGGUGUGAAGAUCCCCCACGUGGUCCGCUUGAAGACGCUGGUGGUCAAAGUCUGUGGCGUGAUCCUCUCGGUGGUCGGAGGCCUCGCCGUCGGAAAGGAAGGCCCCAUGAUUCACUCCGGGGCGGUCAUCGCGGCUGGUAUUUCUCAGGGAAGGUCAACUUCCUUAAAGAGAGACUUCAAGAUCUUCGAGUACUUCCGGAGGGACACGGAGAAGAGGGACUUCGUCUCGGCCGGAGCUGCGGCGGGCGUCUCGGCUGCCUUUGGAGCCCCCGUUGGCGGCGUGUUGUUCAGCUUGGAGGAAGGCGCCUCCUUUUGGAACCAGUUCCUGACCUGGAGGAUUUUCUUCGCCUCCAUGAUCUCGACCUUCACCUUGAAUUCCAUCCUGAGCAUCUACCACGGCAACCCGUGGGACCUGUCCAGUCCGGGGCUCAUCAAUUUCGGCCGCUUUGAUACCGAGAAGAUGGGGUACACCAUCCAAGAAAUCCCGAUCUUCAUAUUCAUGGGAGUGGUGGGUGGGAUUCUCGGCGCCACGUUCAACGCCUUGAACUACUGGCUGACCAUGUUCCGGAUCAGGUACAUCCACCGCCCCUGCCUGCAGGUCCUGGAGGCCAUGCUGGUGGGGGCCGUGACGGCGGCGGUGGGGUUCGUGAUGAUCUACAGCUCCCAAGACUGCCAGCCCCUCCAAGGCAACCGGGUGACCUACCCCCUGCAGCUGUUCUGUGCUGACGGCGAAUACAACUCGAUGGCCACGGCCUUCUUCAACACGCCUGAGAAGAGCGUGGUCAGCCUCUUCCACGACCCUCCAGGGACCUACAACCCCAUGACCUUGGGCAUGUUCACCUUGGUGUACUUCUUCCUGGCUUGCUGGACCUACGGGCUGACCGUCUCCGCGGGGGUCUUCAUCCCCUCCCUGCUGAUCGGGGCUGCCUGGGGCCGCCUCUUCGGCAUCUCCCUGUCCUACAUCACCAGCGGAUGGAUCUGGGCUGACCCAGGGAAAUACGCUUUGAUGGGGGCUGCCGCACAGCUGGGUGGGAUCGUGCGCAUGACCCUGAGCCUGACGGUCAUCAUGAUGGAGGCGACGGGCAACGUCACCUACGGCUUCCCCAUCAUGCUGGUGCUGAUGACGGCCAAGAUCGUGGGGGAUUAUUUCGUCGAGGGCCUGUACGACAUGCACAUCCAACUGCAGAGCGUCCCCUUCCUACACUGGGAAGCCCCCGUAACCUCGCACUCGCUCACCGCCAGAGAGGUGAUGAGCACCCCGGUCACGUGUCUGCGCCAGGUGGAGAAGGUGGGCACCGUCGUGGACAUCCUCAGCAGUAGCAGUUCCAACCACAACGGGUUCCCGGUGGUGGAGAGCGUCUCCAAUGGCUCACAGAGCUUGGGACUGCGAGGGCUGAUCCUGCGCUCCCAGCUGAUUGUUCUGCUGAAGCACAAGGUCUUCGUGGAGCGCACCAGCCUCUCCCUGGUGCACCGCCGCUUGAAGCUGAAGGACUUCCGGGACGCCUACCCCCGCUUCCCCCCCAUCCAGUCCAUCCACGUGUCUCAGGACGAGCGCGAGUGCAUGAUGGACCUGACCGAAUUCAUGAACCCCUCACCCUACACGGUGCCACAGGAGGCCUCCCUCCCGCGAGUCUUCAAGCUCUUCCGGGCCUUGGGCCUGCGCCACCUGGUGGUGGUCGACAAUCAUAACCAGGUGGUCGGACUCGUCACCAGGAAGGAUUUGGCCCGGUACCGGCUGGGGAAGGAGGGCUUGGAGGAGCUGUCACUGGCCCAGACAUGAGCAGCACCCUGGCACCGAAGGCUUCGCUGUGCAUCGCGGUCCCUCUACGGCCCAGCCCUGCCGCUCACGAGAGGCCGCCGUGGGGCUGACCCAGUGCCCUGCCUCUGGCGUCUCCUCACAACAUGUCCUUGGCUGGCCCGCCCCACGCUCCCUGGGCUCUACCACCUGCCUUCCGGGCUGCCUCCCCCCCUCCCCUCCUUUCACGCUCUUCAUACGGGAUCAAGUCGGUGGUCGGCUUCGCGGCGGAACUGCGCUGGCAUUCGGGGGAGCACUUUCCACACUUCCCUCACUGCGCCCUUUCCGUUGCGACCCGGUUCUGAGCAGACGCUCCUCUUCCCCAGCUCCCACCAAUGGUGCCUUCCUUCCUUCCCCCCGCCCUUCUGAGGCCUGGGACUGGACCCGAACAGAGCCGGCCCGGAGAAUCCAGGCUGGGAUUUCCUGCGAUGCCGGGGCUCCCUUCUCGUGGUCGCGUUUCAGGAUGGACUUGACCCCGUUUGGCAACUGUUGUCAAAAUACACACACACCUGCCUGCCCUUCCUCUCUUUACCCCAAAGCCGCACACUUGAGUAGAUCAGGCACGCAGGGGGGGGGGGUCUAUCCCAGCCGCCGCCUGAGGCCUGGCCUUUCUCCGUGCCUCCUUUGCAAAGAGCCCCCCCCUUCCCUCAAAAUCUCCUCACUUUUCCUAGCUCGCCUGGAGCUGAUCGGAGAGAAAAACCCGCUGCUGCCCUGGUGGCGUGUAAUUGCUGGCUGAAUACCUGGGGGGGGGGUGUCGCAUUAAGUGCUUGGACUCCUUGUCUGCAAAUGGGCAGUGAGUCACUGCGGCCUCCCUCUGCCCUUGGAGCGGGUGCUGCCUGCUUGCGGGGAGGGAGGGUCCCCUGUCCCGUCUCUGCCUUCCCCCGUGAAUGUUCCUGAACCGGCUGCUCUUUGGGCUGUGGAGGUUCCAGUGGGAGCUUCUCACAGGGCAAAGGAGGCCUUGGUGGUGGGGGU